AAAGUUGAAUACGAAAACUAUAUGUUAAAUUAUUAAUACACACUCCUAAAUUUGUUGCUUGUAUAAAUAUAAGUCUUCAAUUCGUUUUCAUCGAAAUAGUCAUAAAACAUUUACAUUCAACAUGAGAAACAUUUUAUUAAGGUCAACUGCACGAGCUUUGUUCCGCAAUGGUGGGAACUACCACCGCAGCUUCUCAACUGCGGUGAUAGUUCAGCCGAGACACCACCAGCAUGGCGGCGGUGCUUGUGGAAACUUGUACUGGCAGAGGAUGUCAACUUUGCCAGAGAAAAAGGAUCAGCAGACAGAGGAGAGCAAAAAAGAUGCCAACCACAACGCCGUCGUUUCGAGUUACUGGGGUAUCAGUAGGCCUAAGGUUCUUAAGGAAGAUGGAACUGAGUGGCCAUGGAACUGCUUCAUGCCGUGGGAAAGUUACAGUUCAGAUGUGUCAAUAGAUGUGACCAAGCAUCAUGUACCAAAAACAUUUGGGGACAAGUUUGCUUUCAGAUCUGUCAAGUUUCUAAGAGUGCUCUCUGAUUUGUAUUUCAAGGAACGAUAUGGUUGCCAUGCAAUGAUGCUAGAAACAAUAGCAGCGGUCCCUGGAAUGGUGGGAGGGAUGCUUUUACACUUAAAAUCUCUAAGAAAAUUUCAACAUGCCGGUGGUUGGAUCAAAGCAUUACUUGAAGAAGCAGAGAAUGAAAGGAUGCAUUUGAUGACAAUGGUUGAGCUUGUGAAACCAAGUUGGCAUGAGAGGCUUUUGGUUAUUACUGCACAAGGUGUUUUCUUUAAUGGAUUCUUUGUGUUUUACAUCCUCUCACCAAAAAUAGCACAUAGGUUUGUUGGUUAUUUAGAGGAGGAAGCUGUGAUUUCAUACACACAAUAUCUGAAUGCAAUUGAAAGUGGUAAAGUUGAAAAUGUACCUGCUCCUGCUAUUGCUAUUGAUUAUUGGAGACUUCCAAAUGAUGCAACUCUUAAGGAUGUUGUCACUGUUAUUCGUGCUGAUGAGGCUCAUCAUAGGGAUGUCAAUCACUUUGCUUCUGAUAUUCACCAUCAAGGAAAAGAAUUGAAAGAGGCUCCAGCUCCUGUUGGUUAUCAUUGAGUCACUGUUUUUGUCAAAAAAAAAUUAUCAAAAUAUAGUAAUUUCUUUUUUCUAGCCUUUUUUGUCUCUAAACUUUCAAUUUGUGCUUGAAUUGUUCAAUAAAUAAAAUGUAUUUUCAGUGUGCAUUUUGUAACCUGAAAGUUUAUCAAUACACAAUAUCUCACCCAAUCAAGGAAUUGUUUGGUGGUCUUGGUGAUGAUCAUGUAUCUACACGUUUGAUGCUUCACAGAAUGGAAUUAGUAAAAUCAAUAUUAGUUUGGCUUUGGAGAGA